CCUUAAUCUGCCCCCCCUUUUGCUUCCUGUCGCACGCAGAUUCCUUCGCUGUCAACUUCCAACCAUGGCCGACGCUCCCGUUACCCUGCGGACUCGCAAGUUCAUCCGCAACCCCCUGCUUGCUCGCAAGCAGAUGGUCGUGGAUGUCCUCCACCCCAACCGCGCCAACGUCUCCAAGGACGAACUCCGCGACAAGCUCGCCGACCUGUACAAGGCCAACAAGGACCAGGUCUCCGUCUUCGGUUUCCGUACGCAGUACGGUGGCGGUAAGAGCACUGGUUUCGCUCUCGUCUACGACUCCCAGGAGGCCCUGAAGAAGUUCGAGCCCCACUACCGUCUGGUCCGCAUCGGUGCUGCCACCAAGAUCGAGAAGCCCAGCAGACAGCAGCGCAAGCAACGGAAGAACCGCUCCAAGAAGUUCCGCGGUACCGAGAAGGUCAAGGGCCCCAAGAAGAACAAGAACUAAGCGGCUCGAUUCGGUUGAGAGUUCUCUGCGUUUACGUUUAUUGGUGAAAAUAUGGAAGGGGGAACUAAAUAGAGUGGCGGCUCGCUGGCUUUCACGUCUUCGCCUCGGGACUCGGAGUCGGAUGGACUUAUCGGUUCCAGGCGGACGGCGCGGCCACGGGCUGAGCUUGACGACGGGGAGGAUCGGGGGUGAUUUCACUUUCUGCCGGAAUUCCCCACGGUCUUCUUUGAACCAACGAACCCUGGUGGAUAUGAACGAACUGGUUGUGUGUGGAGGGCGUUUUACAUUUUUUUUAUUUCUCAUGGG